CAAGCUCACCCCUAUUCGUUCUUCCGCUUUUGGGUUUAUACUCAAGUUAUCUUCUUUCUGUCCAUCAUCACUGGUGAUUUUGGAUUCCCCCUCCAAAAAAAAAGGAAAGGAAAGCAAAAAUGACAGACGCUUAUCGAGUCUUGAACGUCUCGCCUACCGCUUCUCUUUCGGACAUCAGGGACGCUUAUCUCGAUUUGGCAUGUCUACAUCAUCCUUGUAAACUCUCAGAUCGGCAAGCCAUCAACUCAAACCUCCUCAAUUCUACCGCCAAUCACACCCAGUUCAGAUUGGCUGCUGAAGCCUAUGCUCUCAUCGGAGAUGAUUCACGACGCGAGUUGUACGAUCUGAUCAAGUCAUCAGAAUACAGAAAGAGCGCUGGUCGCUAUGCUCAAGACGCUGAGAGCACUCUGGCACAAGAACGGCUUGGAGGACAUCCGAUUGGCCGAUCGCGAGCUCGAUCAGAGCUUACCAUCGACCUUCGAGUCGGUUUGCCUCCAGAAUUGAGGGCCAUGUUGAUCGACUUGGACCCCGUCAAGGUAUUCAACCAAGUGGUCUGUCAGAUCGAUCAGGAGCGACGAGCGCAACGUCAAGCUCGCCAAGCGGCAGACAAGCUUGCAAGUUCAACUUCGUCGAGCUUCAAGACUACAAGCAACAAGCCAUCUAGCAUGGCUGUCCCUCAGUCCAAAUACUUGUCCCCUCCGUCCCGCUUCCUUGACGAAAGCUCAUUCUCACGCACUUCUAAUAGCAAAUCCUCAGGCGUCCCAGUCCGAGAUGAAGGCAGUAGUACUACUACUACUACCAAACAACCGCACUUCAACGGUGCUUUGAAAACUGGGAUCCUGCGGGAUGAGAGCAAGAGCCAGUUCAGACAAUCUCCAAGCAGUAUCGGCGAACUAUUGAGCCGGGAUCAUGGCAAGCCCUAUCAAUCUUCCAUCCACUCCGAGUAUUACCGGGAGCCGAUUCGUAGUAGUGGCCAAUCGACAAGCUCUUCCUCCUACAUCUCCAACAGUGCCAGCCACAGUGGGGGAAGCUCCCACAGGAAUAAUCGGAGCAGACGAGUCUCGUUCUCCAAUGAUGUCAUCGAAUCUGACCAACUCAAACAGGCGAGAGAAGCAGUCAAAUCAUUCAAAUCUGAGGCCGCUCGAAAGACACCCAAGCCGACCUUAAUCAACCCGACCUCUCCACGCUCCUCGUCGAUCGAGGGAAACGGCAACAAUAGCAAUCUGAGAGGACUGGUGAACAAGUUUGGCUCCCUGAGCACCCAGGGAGGUAGCACCAGUCCAUCCUCCUCCUUCAAGAAGCCCAACGAGUUCUUCCUGGACAAGUCCUUGUACAGCGAUCUCUGUUCGCCGAUCGACUCGAUCCCGCAAGACAUCCUGAUCAAGCCCAUCGGCAUCGACGCCAGCUGUCGAGCAGACUCUCAUCUGCCCUCUUCCGCCACCAAUCUCUCCGGUUCGUCUCAUCCAUCGAUCAUGGCCAGGAAGAGCCACCACCAUCAUCAUGCUCAUCAUCAUCAUCAUCGAGAGCCCGAGGAGUUUAACACCUUUCUCGCCAGCUCCGCCCCCACUGGCUUCUUGUCCAGAUAUCGCGCCGACCAGGACCGCCUCCCCAUCAUCCACAAUGCCCCCACCUCCUCUCAUCAGCAGCCUCAUUAUCACCACCACCAGCAGCAGCCUUCACUCCAACACGAUCAUGCGUUUCCUUGGUCUGAUCCUAACUUCGAUAACCCCCGAUCUAUCCUGAUUAACCAUAGGUCUCGUGAUCCCAAUUGAAGCCAUCCUUGUCCAUUCAUCCACAUUUCAACUCUUUUUUUUUUUUUAUCUUUCUGUCUGCAUCCCUUCUAUUCUAUAUAUUGAUAGGUGCUCACUUUGGUCCUUUUUGUCUGUUCUUCUUGUUGUUAGUUUGGUUGUUUGUACUCCUUCAUUUCUUAACUAUCAUCUUGCAUCUUGCAUUUUUUUGGGGCGGAUAGGUCUCUGAAACCCUUCCACUGGUUUUCUUUCUUUAGUUUCAUUGCACUUUUUUUUCACACACAGAUGAGAAAGAAAAAAAAAAAACCAUUAACAUUAACAUUGUCAAGAAAAUAACGUAUGAAGCAUACAUGCAGAUACAUCCACAUUACCUGUCCUGUUUUUUGGUGCUCUGAUCUCU